AUGACAGCUCCACGUCUGCAAAAGUCGGCGCCGCCACGACGGUGGCGGGCGUCGGGGAGGGCGCCGGGGCCGGGACCACCACGCCGGGGGACAAUGGAAGGAGGAGGGGAGUGGGAGAGAGAAGUGGAGGCAGCCGCUGGGCUGGGCCCUUCUAGCGACUGGGGGCUCGGAAGUCUCGGGAAGGACAGCUGGGUGACGGGGGACCCGGCCGACGCCCCUCACAGGGCCACUGAAGGAAGAUGUCCUCGAGUUCCUUGUAGCAGAAUAGCAGGAACCCACUUAGGUGGCAUCAACCUUGACUUCCAAAUGGAACAGCACAUCUAUAAGAGGAAAAGUGACAGCAUCUACGUCGUCAAUCUGAAGAGGACCUGGGAGAAGCUUCUGCUGGCACCUCAUGCCAUUGUUGCCAUUGAGAACCCUGCUGAUGUCACUGUCCUAUCUUCCAGGGACACUGUCCAGCCAGCUGUGCUGAAGUUUGCUGCUGCCACUGGAGCCACUCCAGUUGCUGGCCACUUCACUCCUAGAACCGUCACUAAGCAGAUCCAGGCAGCCUUCUGGGAGCCACGGCUUUUCGUGGCUACUGACCCCAGGGCUGACCAUCAGCCUCUCACAGAGGCUUCUUAGGUACACCCACCUACCAUUGCUCUGCAUCACACAGAUUCUCCUCUGUGCUAUGUGGACACUGGCAACCCAUGCAACAAGAGAGCUUCCUCAGUGGGUUGAAUGUGGUGGAGGCUGGCCCAGGAAGUUCUGCACGUGUGUGGAUCAUGUGAACACUCGUGGGAGGUCAUGCCUGAUCUCUGCUUCUACAGAGAUUCUGAAGAGACUGAAAAUGAAGAGCAGGCUACUGAUGGAAAGGCUUUGACCAAGGAGGAAUUUCAGGGUGAACAGACUGCUUCAGCUCCUGAGUUCACUGCUACUCAGCCAGAGGUUGCAGACUGGUCUGAAGGCCUGCAGGUGCCCCCUGUGCCUAUUCAGCAGGUCCCACUGAAGACUUAG